GCUACGCGUUGGACGCGAUCUUCGGAAAAUUGUGAUUUCUAAACGAAAAACGAAACGACUGACACACUACCACAUUCAACAAGGCAUUAACCAGCAAACCAACAAUUAAAAAAUAGCCAUAUAAAAAAAGAGAAGAAUAGAGCAAAUACAAAAAACGAAGAGCUAAAAAAACAUUGAAUAUUUUUAUAGCGUUAGUUUCAGAUUCUGUGCUUGUGUGUUUUGAAAUAUCGACUGCAUUCUAAUAAAUCAUUCAGUUAAUUUUGUUAUAAAUUCCCAAUUAAAACCUUGAUAAAAUGGUCUCGAAAGGCAGCAAAAAGAAGCAACAGCAAGUGAGUGGUCAUAGCAGCAGAGACAGUAAAAAUGCUGCCAGCAGCAGCAGUUUCACCUCUACCUCCUCGACCACUGUGGUGCGUACGGCUGACACCGGCGCAGAGACAGCGUCAAACAGUAAGACGGUGUUGGAGGCGACUCCUACAACAUCGCAGUCGAUACAGUUGCCUGCGUGGACGAAAACUUCACAGCAGGUAAAAAACCAUGAAUCGGCGACAAGCGGCAAAUCGACGCUGUCAACAACGUACGCAGGUACGCAAUCGCAAACACAGUUGUUCAAGAGCAGCAGCAGCAGCAGCAGCAGCCACAUUGAAUCGAGGUCAGAGCAGCAACAGCAACUGCAGCAAGGUGGGCAGCAGGAACAGCUAUUUGAGUUAGUCAGCAACGCAGGCGGCGGUGAUACUGCGCCAAUUGUUUCCAUAAUGACGGACACCUUAAAAUCGACGAAUGCAUCAUCCUCAUCAUCCUCAUUUCAACAGAAAUCAGAAUACUAUGAAGAGAUCUCAGGCGAUUUUUCGAAUUCCAAAGUUAUAUCAUCCAUCGAUCUGCUUGAAAGUGAUAAAAAGGAGCCGGUUUUCUCAGUGCCGAUCGAUGUCAUUGAGGUAGUUGGAGGCGGUAGUAGCACCAACAUUGGCAGUUUCAACACAGCAUAUUCCUCAUCCUCCCAGUCACAAACCGGUGCAAUCACCAGCAUCAGCAGCUCCAACUUUGCACAAAUGCAGUCCAUGAGCAGCAGCAGUAAGGUCAUUGAUGGAGGAAUUACGUUUUCCAACAUGUCCACUGAAAACUCAAAGUCGUCGUUGUCUACCUCGAAAACAGCAAAGUCGGGCAAAGUCACAUCAACUAAUGUUGAAAUGACAUCAUCGUCAAACAAGUUUUCAGCAAAUGAUGUGAACAGCAGUAGCUAUACGUCGUACUCGACGACUGAUGGUCAUGUUAUUAAUGGUGGUACAACAACACCAGCAAUAGCGCCGCCAAACAAAACUUCAACGGUAUACGCAAAAGACACACAGAAAGCAAUCAAUGACGACACUUAUUCCACCACCUCCGCUGCAAUUCAGAGCUACUCAACACAAGCUAAUACGUCACAGAGUAGCAUAGAUAAGAAAAUAAAGAGUGACGUCGUGAAUAGCAAACAAUUAGCGUCCAAAAAGUCAACGAAAACGUCUUCGGAAAUUGAGCAAAAUAUCUCUGAGCAAACAAUCGAACAAAGCUCGCUCAAGAAAAGUAAGUCCACGUCAAAGAAAGAGGUGUACGAUGUGAAAACUAAAAGAUGGACAGAGUUGAACGAAAAAACCGGCAUUAGCGCCACGAACAAAAAGCAUCCAACUAUUGAGCGCUACGUUAGUCGUGAAUCGGAUGGGACAUACAAAAUUACGUAUAAGAAAAAAAUAUUCGAUCAGCGUGCGAACAAGUGGAAAAUCAUCGAAGAGAAGACGGUGGACAGUGCUCAUGAUACACACUACCCUGAAAUAGUUGAUGAUGUCAUCAAUACAACGACGACCACAUACACAACCAAAGUGUAUGACACCACAAGUGGGGAGUGGAAAGUUGUUGAAGAGAAAUCGUUUGUGGACGCAAAAGCUUUCGUGCCAAACGACAUUGUUCGCGAAAUCGAAAAAGACAAUACUGAUGUGGCGAACAUAACAACAACGACCGAAGUAACAAAGAUAUUUGAUGCUAGCCUGAAUGACUGGCGGGUACUAGACGAAAAAACCCACACUGAUGUUAUUGAGCGAAUAGUUGAAGCGCCUAAAAAGACAAUAUUUAUAGACGAAUAUGUAGAAAUCGAAAAGAAUGUGGAAAUAACAGAAGACAGUGAAAAUAUAACCAAUGAACGUACUAACACAUCAAAAAGGAAGGAUGUUGUCACAAAUGUUUACGACGAAGUUGAUGAGGUUAGGAAAGAGAGGCUGACUUCAAAUGACUCAAGAAUCCGUGGAGUCGAUCAAAAGGGAUCGUUUGGUUCAAAGCAUACGGAAAUGUGUAUUUGCGAAAUUUGCACCUGCGGUCGCCAUCAUUGCGCUUCAAGUGUAAAGCAAACAGAUACAAUCUUGGAAACAAUAGAUUUGUUGGAUGAAUCUCAAACACGAAUACGUUCUAACACUUGGUCUAAAAAAGACCUAGAAGAAUCUCGUUUAAAACUAUUAUAUGACCAUGUAGGCCCAGCCACUUUAGUGAAACCCGUGGACAAUUUAAAACCUGAAGGGGAAUUUGUGAUUCCCGAGAAAAUUCCAUUCCAGCCAACAGAGAGAAGAACACUAGUAACUAGAAAAGACAAUCUACGUACUGAAGGAGAAAUGACCUUUACAGAAGUAGAAGAGUAUCAGUAUGCAACUAGACCUCAACAAGUUAAACCCAUCGACAAUCUCAAACCUGAAGGUGAAUUUUAUGUACCAGAAAAACCAAAAUACCAACCAGUUGAACAGCCCACUCAAGUAAAACAUAAAGACAAUUUAAAGCCUGAGGGAGACUUUUACACACCUGAAAAAGUCGGCUACCAGCCAUCGGAACGCCCAAUACAAAAGCGACCAGAAGACAAUUUAAAACCGGAGGGCGAAUUUACGAUACCUGAAAAGACUCCUUACGAGCCAGCAGAGCGGCCGACUCAAAUAACAAGACGAGAUAAUCUUCGAACAGAGGGCGAAAUGACAUUCGAAUCAAAAGAAACAUAUCAGUUCGUAAGUAGACCUGAACAAGUUAAGCCCACCGAUAAUCUAAGACCGGAAGGAGAAUUUUAUACACCAGAGAAACCUGGUUACAAACCGGCAGAACGUCCAACUCAGAAAAAACCGGAAGACAAUUUGAAACCUGAGGGCGAAUUCUAUUCUCCAGAGAAAUCGAAGUUCCAGCCAGGUGAACGCCCAACUCAAGUAAGGCAUGCAGAUAACUUGCGACCGGAAGGUGAGUUUUACACUCCCGAGAAACCAGGAUUCAAGCCGGCAGAGCGACCGACUCAGAAGAAGCCGGAAGAUAAUUUGAGACCAGAGGGCGAAUUUUACACUCCCGAAAAACCAGGAUUUAGACCAGCAGAACGCCCAACUCAGAAAAGGCCAGAGGAUAACUUGAGACCAGAGGGUGAAUUUUAUUCCCCUGAAAAACCAGGAUAUAGACCAGCAGAUCGACCGACACAGACGAAACCACAGGAUAAUUUGAGACCAGAGGGUGAAUUUUAUUCUCCAGAGAAACCGAAGUUCCAGCCAGGAGAACGUCCAACUCAAGUAAGACACGCAGAUAACUUGCGACCGGAAGGAGAGUUUUAUACUCCGGAAAAACCAGGCUUCAAGCCGGCAGAGCGACCGACUCAGAAGAAGCCAGAAGAUAACCUCCGACCAGAGGGAGAAUUUUACACUCCCGAGAAACCAGGAUUCAAGCCGGCAGAACGCCCAACUCAGAAAAGGCCAGAAGAUAAUCUUCGACCAGAGGGUGAAUUCUAUUCUCCAGAUAAACCAAAGUUUCAGCCUGGGGAGCGCCCAACUCAAGUAAGACACGCAGAUAACUUGCGACCAGAAGGUGAGUUUUACACACCGGAGAAACCAGGAUACCAACCAGCAGAGCGCCCAACUCAGAAAAAACCGGAGGAUAAUUUGAGGCCUGAGGGUGAAUUUUACUCCCCUGAAAGACCAGGAUAUAGACCAGCAGAACGCCCAACUCAGAAAAAGCCAGAAGAUAAUCUUCGACCAGAGGGAGAAUUUUACACUCCUGAAAAACCAGGAUUCAAGCCGGCAGAGCGCCCAACUCAGAAAAGGCCAGAAGAUAACUUGAGACCAGAGGGUGAAUUCUAUUCUCCAGAGAAACCGAAAUUCCAGCCUGGUGAGCGGCCAACUCAAGUAAGACACGCAGAUAACUUGCGACCCGAAGGUGAGUUUUACACUCCCGAGAAACCAGGAUUCAAGCCGGCAGAGCGACCGACUCAGAAGAAGCCGGAAGAUAAUCUUCGACCAGAGGGAGAAUUUUACACUCCCGAGAAACCAGGAUAUAGACCAGCAGAACGCCCAACUCAGAAAAAGCCCGAAGAUAAUUUGAGACCAGAGGGUGAAUUCAUGGUGCCAGAAAAGAGUCCGUUUAAACCAGCUGAAAGAACGGAACGAAUAAUACGGAAAGAUAAUUUACGAUCAGAAGGAGAAAUGAUUUUCGAAACUAAAGAAGAAUAUCAAUUUGCAGUCAGACCCGAUCAAGUUAAGCCCUCCGAUAACCUUAAGCCGGAAGGCGAGUUCUAUACUCCCGAAAAGCCGAAAUAUCAACCAGCAGAGAAACCAUUACAAAUCAGGCGGGAAGAUAACUUAAAACCAGAAGGCGAAUUCUAUACUCCUGAGAAACCAGGAUAUAGGCCAGCUGAACGCCCAACUCAGAAAAGGCCAGAGGAUAACUUGCGGCCAGAGGGUGAAUUCUAUUCUCCAGAGAAACCGAAAUUCCAGCCUGGUGACCGGCCGACUCAAGUAAGACACGCAGAUAACUUGCGACCGGAAGGUGAGUUUUACACUCCUGAUAAGCCAGGAUUCAAGCCGGCAGAACGCCCAACUCAGAAAAAGCCGGAAGAUAACCUUCGACCAGAGGGAGAAUUUUACACUCCUGAGAAACCAGGAUAUAGGCCAGCAGAACGCCCAACUCAGAAAAAGCCAGAAGAUAAUCUUCGACCAGAGGGAGAAUUUUACACUCCUGAAAAACCAGGUUUCAAGCCGGCAGAGCGCCCGACUCAGAAGAAGCCGGAGGAUAAUUUGAGACCAGAGGGCGAAUUUUACACUCCCGAAAAACCAGGAUUCAAGCCGGCAGAACGCCCAACUCAGAAAAGGCCGGAAGAUAAUUUGAGACCAGAAGGAGAAUUUUACACUCCAGAGAAACCGAAGUUCCAGCCUGGUGAGCGGCCGACUCAAGUAAGACACGCAGAUAACUUGCGACCGGAAGGUGAGUUUUAUGCUCCGGAUAAGCCAGGUUUCAAGCCGGCAGAGCGACCGACUCAGAAGAAGCCGGAAGAUAAUUUGAGACCAGAGGGAGAAUUUUACACUCCCGAAAAACCAGGAUAUAGACCAGCAGAACGCCCAACUCAAAAAAGGCCAGAAGAUAACUUGAGACCAGAGGGUGAAUUCUAUUCUCCAGAGAAACCGAAAUUCCAGCCUGGUGAGCGGCCGACUCAAGUAAGACACGCUGAUAACUUGCGACCGGAAGGUGAGUUUUAUACUCCGGAAAAGCCAGGUUUCACGCCGGCAGACCGACCGACUCAGAAGAAACCAGAAGAUAACCUUCGACCAGAGGGCGAAUUUUACACUCCCGAGAAACCAGGAUUCAAGCCGGCCGAACGCCCAACUCAGAAAAGGCCAGAAGAUAACUUGAGACCAGAGGGUGAAUUCUAUUCUCCAGAGAAACCGAAAUUCCAGCCUGGUGAGCGGCCGACUCAAGUAAGACACGCAGAUAACUUGCGACCGGAAGGUGAGUUUUACACUCCUGAUAAGCCAGGAUUCAAGCCGGCAGAACGACCGACUCAGAAAAAGCCGGAAGAUAACCUUCGACCAGAGGGAGAAUUUUACACUCCUGAGAAACCAGGAUAUAGGCCAGCAGAACGCCCAACUCAGAAAAAGCCAGAAGAUAAUCUUCGACCAGAGGGAGAAUUUUACACUCCUGAAAAACCAGGAUUCAAGCCGACAGAACGACCGACUCAGAAGAGGCCAGAAGAUAAUUUAAGACCAGAGGGAGAAUUUUACACUCCCGAAAAACCAGGAUAUAGACCAGCAGAACGCCCAACUCAGAAAAAGCCAGAAGAUAAUCUUCGACCAGAGGGAGAAUUUUACACUCCUGAAAAACCAGGAUUCAAGCCGGCAGAGCGCCCAACUCAGAAAAGGCCAGAAGAUAAUUUGAGACCAGAGGGUGAAUUCUAUUCUCCAGAGAAACCGAAAUUCCAGCCUGGUGAGCGGCCGACUCAAGUAAGACACGCAGAUAACUUGCGACCGGAAGGUGAGUUUUAUACUCCGGAAAAACCAGGUUUCACGCCGGCAGAGCGACCGACACAGAAGAAACCAGAAGAUAAUUUGAGACCAGAGGGCGAAUUUUACACUCCCGAAAAACCAGGAUAUAGACCAGCAGAACGCCCAACUCAGAAAAAGCCCGAAGAUAAUUUGAGACCAGAGGGUGAAUUCAUGGUGCCAGAAAAGAGUCCGUUUAAACCAGCUGAAAGAACGGAACGAAUAAUACGGAAAGAUAAUUUACGAUCAGAAGGAGAGAUGAUUUUCGAAACUAAAGAAGAAUAUCAAUUUGUCGUCAGACCCGAUCAAGUCAAGCCUUCCGAUAACCUUAAGCCGGAAGGAGAAUUUUAUACUCCCGAGAAGCCGAAAUAUCAACCAGCAGAGAAACCAUUACAAAUCAGGCGGGAAGAUAACCUAAAACCAGAAGGCGAAUUCUAUACUCCUGAGAAACCAGGAUAUAGGCCAGCAGAACGCCCAACUCAGAAAAAGCCCGAAGAUAAUUUGAGACCAGAGGGUGAAUUCAUGGUGCCAGAAAAGAGUCCGUUUAAACCAGCUGAAAGAACGGAACGAAUAAUACGGAAAGAUAAUUUACGAUCAGAAGGAGAGAUGACUUUCGAAACUAAAGAAGAAUAUCAAUUUGUCGUCAGACCCGAUCAAGUCAAGCCUUCCGAUAACCUAAAGCCGGAAGGAGAAUUUUAUACUCCCGAGAAGCCGAAAUAUCAACCAGCAGAGAAACCAUUACAAAUCAGGCGGGAAGAUAACCUAAAACCAGAAGGCGAAUUCUAUACUCCUGAGAAACCGGGAUAUAGGCCAGCAGAACGCCCAACUCAGAAAAGGCCAGAAGAUAAUCUUCGACCAGAAGGAGAAUUUUACACUCCCGAGAAACCAGGAUUCAAGCCGGCCGAACGUCCAACUCAGAAAAGGCCAGAAGAUAAUUUGAGACCAGAGGGUGAAUUCUAUUCUCCAGAGAAACCGAAAUUCCAGCCUGGUGAGCGGCCGACUCAAGUAAGACACGCAGAUAACUUGCGACCGGAAGGUGAGUUUUACACUCCUGAUAAGCCAGGAUUCAAGCCGGCAGAGCGACCGACUCAAAAGAAGCCGGAAGAUAAUUUGAGACCAGAGGGCGAAUUUUACACUCCCGAAAAACCAGGAUAUAGACCAGCAGAACGCCCAACUCAGAAAAAGCCAGAAGAUAAUCUUCGACCAGAAGGAGAAUUUUACACUCCCGAGAAACCAGGAUUCAAGCCGGCCGAACGUCCGACGCAGAAAAGGCCAGAAGAUAAUUUGAGACCAGAGGGUGAAUUCUAUUCUCCAGAGAAACCGAAAUUCCAGCCUGGUGAGCGGCCGACUCAAGUAAGACACGCAGAUAACUUGCGACCGGAAGGUGAGUUUUACACUCCUGAUAAACCAGGUUUCAAGCCGGCAGAGCGACCGACUCAGAAGAAACCAGAAGAUAAUUUGAGACCAGAGGGCGAAUUUUACACUCCCGAAAAACCAGGAUAUAGACCAGCGGAACGCCCAACUCAGAAAAAGCCCGAAGAUAAUUUGAGACCAGAGGGUGAAUUCAUGGUGCCAGAAAAGAGUCCGUUUAAACCAGCUGAAAGAACGGAGCAAAUAAUACGGAAAGAUAAUUUACGAUCAGAAGGAGAGAUGAUUUUCGAAACUAAAGAAGAAUAUCAGUUUGUCGUCAGACCCGAUCAAGUUAAGCCCUCCGAUAACCUUAAGCCGGAAGGAGAGUUCUAUACUCCCGAGAAGCCGAAAUAUCAACCAGCAGAGAAACCAAUACAAAUCAGGCGGGAAGAUAACUUAAAACCAGAAGGCGAAUUCUAUACUCCUGAGAAACCGGGAUAUAGGCCAGCAGAACGUCCAACCCAGAAAAGGCCAGAAGAUAACUUGAGACCAGAGGGUGAAUUCAUGGUGCCAGAAAAGAGUCCGUUUAAACCAGCUGAAAGAACGGAACGAAUAAUACGGAAAGAUAAUUUACGAUCAGAAGGAGAGAUGAUUUUCGAAACUAAAGAAGAAUAUCAAUUUGUCGUCAGACCCGAUCAAGUCAAGCCUUCCGAUAACCUUAAGCCGGAAGGAGAAUUUUAUACUCCCGAGAAGCCGAAAUAUCAACCAGCAGAGAAACCAUUACAAAUCAGGCGGGAAGAUAACCUAAAACCAGAAGGCGAAUUCUAUACUCCUGAGAAACCAGGAUAUAGGCCAGCAGAACGCCCAACUCAGAAAAAGCCCGAAGAUAAUUUGAGACCAGAGGGUGAAUUCAUGGUGCCAGAAAAGAGUCCGUUUAAACCAGCUGAAAGAACGGAACGAAUAAUACGGAAAGAUAAUUUACGAUCAGAAGGAGAGAUGACUUUCGAAACUAAAGAAGAAUAUCAAUUUGUAGUCAGACCCGAUCAAGUUAAGCCCUCCGAUAACCUAAAGCCGGAAGGUGAGUUUUAUACUCCCGAGAAACCCGGAUACAAACCGGCAGAGCGCCCAACCCAGAAAAAGCCGGAGGAUAACUUGAGACCAGAGGGUGAAUUCUAUUCCCCAGAAAAGCCGAAGUUCCAGCCAGGGGAGCGCCCAACUCAAGUAAGACACGCAGACAACUUGCGGCCGGAAGGUGAGUUCUACACUCCUGAUAAGCCAGGAUUCAAGCCGGCAGAACGCCCGACUCAGAAGAAGCCGGAAGAUAACCUUCGACCAGAGGGAGAAUUUUACACUCCUGAGAAACAGGGAUACAAACCGGCUGAACGCCCUAUACAGAAGAAGCCAGAAGAUAAUUUGAGACCAGAGGGUGAAUUCUAUUCUCCAGAGAAACCGAAGUUCCAGCCAGGGGAACGCCCAACUCAAGUAAGACACGCAGACAACUUGCGACCGGAAGGUGAGUUUUACACUCCUGAUAAGCCAGGAUUCAAGCCGGCAGAACGACCGACUCAGAAAAAGCCGGAAGAUAACCUUCGACCAGAGGGAGAAUUUUACACUCCUGAGAAACCAGGAUUCAAGCCGGCUGAGCGCCCUACACAGAAGAAGCCAGAAGAUAAUUUGAGACCAGAGGGUGAAUUCUAUUCUCCAGAGAAACCGAAGUUCCAGCCAGGCGAGCGCCCAACUCAAGUAAGACACGCAGACAACUUGCGACCGGAAGGUGAAUUUUACACUCCUGAUAAGCCAGGAUUCAAGCCGGCAGAGCGACCGACUCAAAAGAAGCCGGAAGAUAAUUUGAGACCAGAGGGAGAAUUUUACACUCCUGAGAAACAGGGAUACAAACCGGCUGAACGCCCUACACAGAAGAAGCCAGAAGAUAAUUUGAGACCAGAGGGGGAAUUCUAUUCUCCAGAGAAACCGAAAUUCCAGCCAGGCGAGCGCCCAACUCAAGUAAGACACGCAGACAACUUGCGACCGGAAGGCGAGUUUUACACUCCUGAUAAGCCAGGAUUCAAGCCGGCAGAGCGACCGACUCAGAGGAAGCCGGAAGAUAACCUUCGACCAGAGGGCGAAUUUUACACUCCUGAGAAACCGGGAUACAAGCCGGGAGAACGCCCAAGUCAGAAAAAGCCAGAGGAUAAUUUGAGACCAGAAGGUGAAUUCUAUUCUCCAGAGAAACCUAAAUUCCAGCCAGGGGAGCGCCCAACUCAAGUAAGACACGCAGACAACUUGCGGCCGGAAGGUGAGUUUUACACUCCCGACAAGCAAGAAUAUAAGCCGGCUGAACGCCCUACGCAGAAGAAGCCAGAGGAUAACCUUAAGCCGGAAGGAGAGUUAAUUUUGCCAGGGAAAACUGUAUUUAAACCAGCUGAAAAGGUACAGCGCGUUAUAAGGAAAGACAAUCUUCGAACUGAAGGGGAAUUUAUAUUUAAUGAGAAACAAAGAUAUGAGUUUGUGAAAAGACCUGAUCAAAUAAAACCAAUAGAUAACUUGAAACCGGAAGGAGAAUUUUAUAAAGUAGAGAAGCAGUCGUACAAGCCAGGUGAACGUCCACUAGUCAAAAAGCCUGAAGAUAAUUUAAGAAUGGAGGGUGAGUUUACCGUACCAGAAAAAGUCUCAUUUAAGCCUGCUGAAAAAACAAAACGUAUCACGAGAAAAGAUAAUUUGCAUAUGGAAGGUGAAAUGACAUUUUCGGAAACGGAAAAAUACGAAUAUGUCAGUAGGCCUGAACAAAUUAAGCCCUCUGAUAAUCUAAAGCCAGAGGGUGUGUUUCAUACUCCGAAGAAACCUAAAUUCCAACCUGCCGACAAGUCAUCCCCAGUUAAAUAUGAAGAUAAUUUGAGGCCAGAGGGAGAAUUCUACGUCCCAGAUAAGCCAGGAUACAAACCAGCUGAUAAAGUGACACGAGUCAUUCAUAAGGAUAAUCUUCGAAUGGAGGGCGAGAUGACUUUUACAGAAAAGCAAAAACACAUAAAUGUCAAAAGACCGGAAAAGGUUGUACCGCGAGGCAACCUUAAAGUUGAAGGUGAUUUUUACACUAAAGAACGGCCGAAAUAUCAGACUGUAGAGCGGCCGAAGCAAGUGAAACCGGAGGAUAAUCUCAAACCCGAAGGACAAAUGUACAUUUCAUCUACAGACAAGACAGAUUCUAAACAUAUUAAAACUACUAUUGAAAAGGUGGUUGUCAAACGCCCAGUAGACAAUCUUAAACUUGAGGGAAAUCUUCAAAUUUCAAGAAGGGAUGAUUAUAACGAAAAGCAAAGUUCUACAUUGGACACUUCCAAAGUUGUGCAGAAGACUUCGAGAACGAAGUACACACAUAACAAAUCGUCAAUAUCUCUUGGAGAGGAUAAUACCAUUUUGAAGACAACAAAUCAAAUGAGCUUUGUAUCUGGCAAACAAGCUGUCCCUGCUGAUAAAUUAAAUUCAGAAAAACCUGUUGAUGGUUUGGUGGUUGUGUCUACGAAAAAGGUGACUACGGUAAUAGGAGGUAGGGUCAAAAAAGAACCAGAAACCGAAUAUGUUAGACGGCAAGGAAGAGUUAACGUUAUUGAAAAUAUUGCAAAAACCAACAAUGUUAAAAAUAUUGUCAAUAUUGAAAACAAACAUGACGAAGCUAUUUCUGUAAAAGAAAAUCGUUUCACGAAACAAAACAAAUUUACGGAUUCUGCUAUCCUUAACACUUCUGAUCAAAGGUACUCUUCCAAACAAAUUGAAAACAAACAUGACGAAGCUGUUUCUGUAAAAGAAAAUCGUUUUACGAAUCAGAACAAAUUUACGGAUUCUGCUAUCCUUAAUACUUCCGAUCAAAGAUACUCUUCCACACAAAGCAAAUCGACUAAAUUAGGAAGCACAUCAGAAAGAAUACUAUCAACUGCAGUUGGGGAAAAUGUCACUGGCCAAACACAUUCCACGCAGUGUAAGCUUGGAAUGCAUGGUGGUACAUUAAGCAACUUGAACUCUGCCUCCUCGGUUAAGAAUAUUUCGGACCAAGCACAUUCCACAAAUCAUCAGUCCACGACUGUUGAAAGUGCAUCAACAAAAACUUCAUCCAGUUCUUCAGCUGCCACUGUAUCCAAACAUUUUCAUCAUCGCAGAAGCGACUUCACUGCCGACACAAACAUUACGAAUUCAGUAUUUCACAGGAAAAAUAUUUCAAAUGAAUCAAAUCAAUUGGGUAGCUUGACAUCGAAUGGUAAAAUUCAUAGGAAGAGUAUUUUAAAUUUGCACGAGGAGCCGUCCAGUUCUGUUUUCCCAAGCGAACGCCAAAGUUACAGUAGCAUACACAGACAGAAUAGAGAGCAAGACAACAGCUCAUUAAUGGCGAGUGAACGUCGCCACUACAGCACAAUUGGCCAAACACAAAGCAGAGAUCAGGCUUCGAAGUCUUGCAGUGUUCACAAAAUGUCGUCGACUGGUGGCAUCGAAUUUCCCUCAUACAGUAAACAUUCCGAGAGAAGUGUAACCCGCAGGAAUGUGAAUCAAUCGUCUAUUUCUCUAGGAAUGGAUGGAGCUUCAUCCACAACCCUAUACCGUAGUGAAUAUAAAACGGUUCCAUCUACAACUUGUGCUAUACACAAAAUCAAAGAAGGUGCAUUCCAACACACAAGAAACACGAACGAACAUAAAUUUUUUAAAACUGUCAAAAACUAACUACGCUUGCAAAUUGUAAAGGCAUGCCAAAAUACGUAUGUAUACGUACAUAUGUAUGUAUGUAUGUA